UCUUUGUUUCGCCGUCGAUAUGUGCUGUAAGUGCUGCGGAGUGACCCAGCAAAAGGUCUGGGUCUUCGGAUCGGGUACGAUAUUCGCAGUAUCGGGUAUCCUGCUAAUAGCAUGCUGGCCAGGCUUCAUCGACACCCAGAUUAUGAAGGCCCUACCACUGACCCCAACCUCGAAGACGUUUGAAAAAUGGGAGGAGCUGCCGAUCCCCGUUUACGUUUACAUGUACCUCUGGAACUGGACGAAUGCCGCUGAUGUCCAGGCUUACGGAGUGAAACCCAGUUUUGAGCAACUCGGACCUUAUGUCUACAGAGAAGAGAGGAAGAAAAUGGACCUGGAGUGGCACGACAACGGCACAGUGACCUUCAACCCGAGACGAACUUGGUUCUGGGAGGAAGAGCUCUCCGGGGGCAAGCAAUCGGACCUAAUAACUGCCCCUCAUUUGCCAUCGCUGGCUGCAUCCAAUCAAAUGCGAAACUCCAACGCUUUCAUAAAGUUCAUGUUCAACCAGGCGCUGAAUAACAAUGGAGGCAACCUCUUUGUAACUCACACGGCAGUGGAGUGGUUAUUCGACAGCUUCUACGACGAGUUCCUCCACUACGCCAUGACUCUGAACAAUCCGCUGGCGCCGGCAAUCGAGUCGGAUCACUUCGCGUGGUUCCUGAAUCGCAACGGCUCCAAGGACUUCGAGGGGCCCUUCACAGUGCACACCGGUGUGGGUGACAUCAAGGAAAUGGGCGAGAUCAAAUUUUGGAAGGGUCAGAACCACACGGGCUGGUACGAAGGCGAGUGCGGCCGUCUAAACGGGAGCACCACCGACCUCUUCGUUCCCGAUGAGCCCAAGGAGAAGGCCCUGACCAUCUUCAUUCCGGACACAUGCAGAAUUAUAAAUCUUGAGUUCACGGGGGAGAGUGAAACUAUUCAGGGAAUCGAGGGCUGGAAAUAUGAGAUAACUCCGAGUACCUUCGACAACGGCCAGGUGAAUGCGAACAUGCGGUGCUGGUGUCCGGUGGAGAAGCAGCUGAAUAACGAGUGUCCUGCCAGCGGAGCCACUGAUCUAGGACCGUGUGCCGAGGGAGUUCCCAUGUACCUGUCGGCGGAUCACUUCAUGUACGCAGAUGAAAGCUACGGAAACACCAUCAACGGCUACCAACCCGACAACUACGAGAAGAACAACUUCUACAUGAUAAUGGAGCGUAAAAUGGGGGUGCCCUUGAAGGUGAACGCCAAUGUCAUGAUCACCUUAUACAUAGAGCCGGACGAUACCAUCGACAUUUUGAAGGGGCUGCCCAGCUUUUAUGCCCCACUUUUCACCACAGCAAGUCGAGCGGAAAUUGACGAGGAAUUGGCAAAAGAAUUAAAGCUGGCCCUUAACUUACCUGCCAUUGGCCGUUACACGGGAGUUGGGUUCCUCUGUUUGGGCUGUAUCCUUAUAGCCAUUGGUACCUUGUUGACCAUUAAGCGGAAGUGGUAUGGCCAGGCUGAUGCGGACAGACAAGCUCUCAAGGAGAACGAAGAGACCCCUAACGUCACAGAUUCGCCCUCCAACGAUGUUAAUAUAUAAUUUUAGAAAAAUCUUUGCCAUGAACACAGAUUUGUGAUUUGCAGAAAUCAUACUGUGAUAAAAAUUGUUUUUAAUUUUAAAUUAUUAUUUAAGGUUUUUUUUUGAAGAUGAAAUAUAAUAAAACAAGAAAUGA